GCUGCGGGCUGCGGGUGUAUUGGUGACAUCAUGAAUUGGAAUAAAGGUGGGCCUGGCACGAAGAGAGGCUUUGGGUUUGGUGGGUUUGCCAUCACCCCUGGCAAGAAGGAGGAGCCCAAGCUGUCGCAGCAGUCGCACAGCGCUUUCGGCACCGCCGGCUCCUCGGCAGCGUUCGCCAAGUCGGGGCCUCCUCAGCUGCCCUCCUUCUACAAGAUCGGCUCCAAGAGAGCCAACUUUGACGAGGAGAACGCGUACUUUGAGGAUGAGGAGGAAGAUUCCAGCAAUGUGGAAUUGCCCUACAUUCCUGCAGAGAACUCCCCCACUCGGCAGCAGUUCCAGUCCAAGUCAGCAGACUCUGACAGCGAUGAUGAUCCUCUGGAGGCAUUCAUGGCUGAAGUGGAGGAUCAAGCUGCUCGAGACAUGAAGAGACUUGAAGAUAAAGACAAAGAAAAAAAGAAUGUUAAGGGUAUUCGAGAUGACAUUGAAGAGGAAGAUGACCAAGAAGCCUAUUUCCGCUACAUGGCCGAGAACCCCACUGCUGGCGUGGUGCAGGAGGAGGAGGAGGAUAACCUGGAGUAUGACAGUGAUGGCAAUCCCAUUGCACCCAGCAAAAAAAUCAUUGAUCCUCUUCCACCUAUUGACCACUCAGAGAUUGAAUACCCACCGUUUGAGAAGAAUUUCUAUGACGAGCACGAGGAGAUCACCAGCCUGACCCCGCAGCAAGUGGUGGAGUUACGGCACAAGCUGAACCUGCGGGUCUCCGGGGCUGCUCCUCCAAGGCCUGGCAGUAGUUUUGCUCAUUUUGGGUUUGAUGAGCAACUUAUGCAUCAGAUUAGGAAAUCUGAGUAUACCCAACCCACUCCAAUACAAUGUCAGGGUGUUCCAGUGGCACUAAGUGGCAGAGACAUGAUUGGGAUAGCCAAGACUGGAAGUGGGAAAACAGCUGCCUUCAUCUGGCCAAUGCUGAUCCACAUCAUGGAUCAGAAGGAGCUGGAGCCAGGGGAUGGUCCCAUUGCAGUGAUCGUCUGCCCAACCAGGGAGCUCUGCCAGCAGAUCCACUCGGAGUGCAAGCGCUUUGGCAAGGCCUACAACCUGCGCUCGGUGGCCGUGUACGGAGGAGGCAGCAUGUGGGAGCAGGCCAAGGCCCUGCAGGAGGGGGCAGAGAUCGUGGUCUGCACACCAGGUCGUUUGAUUGAUCAUGUGAAGAAGAAAGCUACAAACCUGCAGAGAGUCACUUACCUUGUGUUUGAUGAAGCUGACAGAAUGUUUGAUAUGGGGUUUGAAUAUCAGGUCAGAUCAAUCGCGAGCCACGUACGUCCUGACAGACAGACCCUCCUGUUCAGUGCCACGUUCCGUAAGAAGAUUGAGAAGUUGGCCAGGGAUAUUCUGAUUGACCCCAUUCGGGUUGUACAGGGAGACAUUGGAGAGGCAAAUGAAGAUGUCACUCAGAUCGUGGAGAUUUUCCCCUCUGGGCCCAGCAAGUGGAACUGGCUGACGCAGCGCCUGGUGGAGUUCACCUCCUCUGGGAGCGUCCUGCUCUUCGUCACCAAGAAAGCCAACGCAGAGGAGCUGGCCAACAACCUCAAGCAGGAGGAUCACAACCUGGGGCUGCUCCACGGGGACAUGGACCAGAGCGAGAGGAAUAAAGUCAUCUCAGAAUUUAAGAAAAAGGGGAUCCCCAUCCUGGUGGCCACUGAUGUGGCAGCCCGAGGAUUGGACAUCCCUUCCAUCAAGACUGUCAUCAACUACGACGUGGCUCGAGACAUCGACACGCACACGCACCGCAUCGGCCGCACCGGCCGCGCCGGGGAGAAGGGCGUGGCCUACACCCUGCUGACCCCCAAGGACAGCAACUUCGCUGGGGACCUGGUCAGGAACCUGGAGGGUGCCAACCAGCACGUCUCCAAAGAGCUGCUGGACUUGGCAAUGCAGAAUCCGUGGUUCCGGAAAUCCCGUUUUAAAGGAGGGAAGGGCAAGAAGCUGAACAUUGGUGGUGGUGGCUUGGGAUACCGCGAGCGGCCUGGGCUGGGCUCAGAAAACACUGACCGUGGAAACAACAACAGUGUGAUGAGCAACUACGAGGCCUACAAGCCAUCCACAGGGGCCAUGGGGGACAGGCUGACAGCAAUGAAAGCAGCUUUCCAGUCCCAGUACAAGAGUCACUUUGUUGCUGCAAGUUUAAACAACCAAAAGACUGGGAGCUCUGCCGCUGGUGCCAGCGGCUGGACCAGCGCCGGGAGCCUGAACUCGGUCCCGACGAGUUCAGCGCAGCAAAACUCGGCCGGUGCCGAGAGCCCCAAGGCAGCGCCAGCCUUCAGCAGCGGCCCAGGCACCUCAAGCAGCGUGCCCACCUUCCCCAGCGCCGGCGCCCAGGGCUUUGGCAGCGCCAGCACCGGCACCAGAGAGGGCGGCGUGGGCGGCACCGCCAGAGAGCGGCACGGCGAGCCCCGCAACAGCCGGCACAGCGAGGCCCCGCGGCGCGGGGAGGGCGCGGGCCAGCGCUUUGGCAACGAGGGCCAGCGCUUCGGCAGUGAGGGCACAGGCCAGCGCUUCGGCAGUGAGGGCACAGGCCAGCGCUUCGGCAACGAGGCUCAGCGCUUCGGCAACGAGGGCCAGCGCUUCGGCAAUGAUGGGCAGCGUUACAGUAAUGAUGGGCAACGCUACAACAACGAUAACCAACGCUACGGCAAUGAUGGUCAACGAUAUAACAAUGAUGGCCAACGCUACGGCAACGAUGGUCAACGCUAUAACAAUGAUGGCCAGCGCUAUGGCAACGAUGGCCAGCGUUACAGUAAUGAUGGCCAACGCUAUAACAACGAUGGCCAGCGUUACAACAAUGAUGGCCAACGCUCUGGCAAUGAUGGCCAGCGCUUCAGCAAUGAUGGCCAGCGUUACAAUACCGAUGGCCAGCGCUUCAGCAACGAUGGGCAGCGUUACAAUAACGAUGGCCAGCGCUUCAGCAACGAUGGCCAGCGCUUCAGCAACGAUGGCCAGCGCUUCAGCAACGAUGGCCAGCGCUUCAGCAACGAUGGCCAGCGCUUCAGCAACGAUGGCCAGCGCUUCAGCAACGAUGGCCAGCGCUUCAGCAACGAUGGCCAGCGCUUCAGCAACGAUGGCCAGCGCUUCAGCAACGAUGGCCAGCGCUUCAGCAACGAUGGCCAGCGCUUCAGCAACGAUGGCCAGCGCUUCAGCAACGAUGGCCAGCGCUUCAGCAACGAUGGCCAGCGCUUCAGCAACGAUGGCCAGCGCUUCAGCAACGAUGGCCAGCGCUUCAGCAACGAUGGCCAGCGCUUCAGCAACGAUGGCCAGCGCUUCAGCAACGAUGGCCAGCGCUUCAGCAACGAUGGCCAGCGCUUCAGCAACGAUGGCCAGCGCUUCAGCAACGAUGGCCAGCGCUUCAGCAACGAUGGCCAGCGCUUCAGCAACGAUGGCCAGCGCUUCAGCAACGAUGGCCAGCGCUUCAGCAACGAUGGCCAGCGCUACACCAACGAUGGCCAGCGCUUCAGCAACGAUGGCCAGCGUUACAACACCGAUGGCCAGCGCUUCAGCAAUGACGGCCAGCGUUACAACACUGAUGGCCAGCGCCACGGUGACGGCGGUGGCCGGCACGGUGACCCCUCCCGGCAUGGUGACAGCCGCCAUGGUGACGUCCAUCGGCACGGCGAGGGCCGGCACUUCACCGAACUGCCGGGCAGCGGCAGCCGCAACAGCGGGGACAGCAGGAACAGCAGCGAGGGCAGGAACGGAGAGAACAGGAAGGAGGCCAGCAGCCGAGACAACAAGACAGAUGGUUUUGCUGUGCCAGAGCCCCCCAAACGGAAGAAAAGCCGGUGGGACAGUUAAAAGCUGGGGGUUCACAGCCUGGAAUCUCUGCAGGUAGUGCUGUCUUUUUCCAGAGGAUUUCUUGGGGUUUUUGGUAACUGGUUGUUGAGCAGCUGGGGCAGGAGAAGGAAACCAUGAGACCCU